CGAGGCUUUGUGGCUUCGGGUGACUUCCCGGUGUCAGUGCUGCGCUGUCAGAUUAACUGGACGGUAACGGCGCGUUAACGGCGGAGGACUCCGGAGGGAAAUGGCUAAAGUGGAGCUGACGCCGCUCAGACCGUGGGACGACUUCUUCCCGGGCUCGGAAAGAUUCGGCAAACCGGACGGGAAAGAUUUGGCCAAGUGGAACAACAGAGUUGUCAGCAACCUGCUUUAUUAUCAGACUAAUUAUCUGGCUCUGGCCAUCGUUGUUUUCCUCAUUGUCGGGUUCCUAAACCCACUGGGGAUGUUCACAGCUAUGGCCGUGGUAUCGGGCGUCUUCUUGGGUUCAGUGUGGGCCGGAGAGAACAGAGCUGUGAUCAACAACUUCAAGAGGCAGAACCCCACAGCGUUUGUGAUCGCCAUCAUGGUCGCCAGCUACAUUUUGAUCUCUAUGCUGGGGAGCGUCAUGGUGUUUAUGACUGCAAUCACUUUACCUCUGGCCUUGAUAUUUGCACAUGCUUCUUUUCGCCUACGCAACAUGAAGAACAAACUGGAGAACAAGAUCGAAGGAGCCGGACUGAAGAGGUCACCCAUGGGGAUUUUGCUGGAGGCUCUGGGUCAGCAGGAGGAGAACUUUCAAAAGAUCCAGAGCUUUCUGGAGGGAAAACUGAAGGAGUGAUUGGACUCGGCUCAUUUUGAUUUUUUUUUUUCUGGAAUGUAACAAAAUUCUGUAACUUUGUAAUCUAAACCUCUCAAACUUUCCUUCACAUGCAGUGUGCUCAGCUGUGUGCGUUUUGAAAGCUUGUAAUCUGAAGGGCUUUAUCUUUACCUCGGGGUAUCUGUCACUCCACCCAGAACUUGUCAGGGCACUUUUCUUUCACAGUGAUAGGGGCAUCUCAGAGCUGCCUCACAUCUCUGCUAUGCAAUGUGUCCGUGUUCCUGUGUAACACAGCUGCAGUUUUACCCAGGUAUGAAAUCUGUGUUUAAUCAGCCUCCGAAACAGCCGUCAGCCAAGUUUAAGCUUGACUAAAAUUGUGAAAGCGAUGCAAGUGCUGCUUUGUAACAAAGAAUUAAAAAAAGUGCACGCUCAACACGCAUCACUGCCAAGCUUCUCUACAGGCUGCAUUGUUUUUCGAGUUUUUGAAUAAUGUCUUCUCACGUAAAACUGAACAGUUUACUUAAGAACGCAUUUGAAUAGAAAGCAACCAAACUUAUGUUCAUGCAAACAAAACAGAGCCAGACAAAAGACGGUGUAACAACGUGAUUCCAAGACACUGACGCAGAUCACUGUGUCAAUGUGAGGACUUCAAAGGGGUGUGAGGUCUUAACCCGUGGCCAUCAGUAUUCCUCCUGCACCUCUUGACUGUUUAAUCUUGACAGUGCCCCCUGGGUGAUGGAUUGACUAACUUUGCCCCCCUCGCCCCCCAAUGCUAAUCAAUGGGCUGCAGUAGAUUAGAGAGGAGAGCUGAGCGACAGCACAGCGCUGAGCGGAUUCAUCUGCAGUCAUUUACCUCCUGAACCUGAGUUAGUCGCUGUGUCAGCUACUUCAGCCUGUUUUUUAUUAUUAUUAUUGAAUUCCAUUUGAAAUUGACUGCAGAUAACCAGAAUCCAUCUGGAACAUUAUGCUUUAUUAUUUGGUUUUAAGUGGCGGCGUGUAAGUACUGGAGGGGGAACAUGAAGAUAAGAAUGAUGAGCAUUAAAAAGUGUAAUCUCUUCAGAGUGUCACGUUAACCCUUUGCUUUCAAAAUGAUAUUUCCGGCAUCAUCAUUUCUCCACAGUGUGCGAUGUGAGGUAUUUUUGAGCUGAGCCCUUGUGAUGACCUCUGAACACUCAGGUGUAACAGUAUUCCACUGGCUCUCCGGUUUAACUUUGACUCGAGCUUCAGGCUUUUCCCCUUCUGUGCUUCUUCACUCAUGUAUGUCCUCUCCCGUGGUGCUUCAUCACCAUCCACAUUGUGCAACUUGGAAGCGUGAACACGAGCACCGGUGGCAACAAACUCAAACCGUGUCUCCCAAGUGCACAGUGGAGGUCCUUGUUCUGGCUGCUGCAGCUGUUUUAAGGAUCCCACCAACACGUGUGCACUGCUGCACACUCAACAGGUGUGUGUUUUGUCUCCAACAUACGUGUAAUCCAGUACAAAACAACACUUAUCCUUCCUUGGUGUUUGUGGAUGACUCAUGUGUCAUUGUGAAACACUUAUAAUUUCAAAGUUAGUCUUUAAGUGAGGCAACAGAAGUCAGUGCAUGUGACACAAACAAACCUGUGCUGUUUUUGGGCCAGCUGCUAAGUAACAGUAACACUGUUCUCCAUGUGCAGGCUUCCAACAUCUGCCUCCUGUUUAGUUUCCACAACACAAAGGCGUCGGACAGGGAGUAAUCUAGUAUGAUACAAUACUUAAUAUUGUUGGGACAGGCACACUUUGACAGCGCGCUGCCUUUGGCUUCACUCCUUCAUUCCCACCCACCCAACUCCCUCCUCCUCAGCUUGCUGUGGGUUUUUUUGCUGGCCAUACUGGUUAUCUAGCCUCAUAACUCAAACAGCUUGUCAUUCAGCAGAUCCGGCUGCUUGGACCAACACUACAGCUGAUCAUGUGACACAAUAACGAUGACCCGCUGUGACCUUUGCAGUCUGCAGUAUCCUCUUCAACCUUCCCAUACCCCCUGCACUGCAGGUCAUUCAUAUUAGCCCAUGAACAAGACUUGAGUGCAUUUGGUCGAUCCUCUAAUCCAACUAUCCACCCUUCAUAACUUGUCCAAGCCAUUACUCCCUGGAGUAAGGUGCAUUUGCUGAUCCCUGAGAAUCCCCAGCAUAACAUGAUUUAUAGUCACUUUAAUCUGAGCUUGGCUGUGCGCUAUAUGGCUGUGUCAAGUCCAUAUCUAAAUUUCAGUACUGAUAACAGAACUCGCAUACUUAUUCCAGUACCUUCCUUUGAGAUGUAUUAACAUGUUUUUCUACAAAAUAAAUUAUUGUAUUGUGAAA